CAUAUGUUAAAAAUAGUACGCAGUUGUAAAGUAAACACAAAACCGCUCUGUGCCAGAAGAAAGCUGUCAGGUCGUGGGGUUGCAACACCGAAAAAUGCUAUCAAGACGAUUAUCAAAGCUGUGCAGAAGGUCGGGUUUGUCGUGCAAUACCACACCGAAAUGCCAAAAGUUUUCACUGUCAACUGUAGUGGAGAACAACAACAAGAAACAUCGCCUCAAUGUCGGUGUCAUCGGAGCGGGACGGAUUGCCAGCUCCGUCCACAUUCCCAAUGUUCUAAGAGACAGAAGAUACAACAUAAGUUGGAUCAUUGAAGAUAGCAACCAGCAAACUGUGAAAGUUCAAGAGGACCUCUUCCUCCAGGAUAUACCAUUCUUCAAGUCCAUGGACAGAAAACGACUAUUAGCCGAUAAGGGACUAGAUGCUGUUUUCAUAUUCAGCCCAACUUCAACACACGCUGAACUUAUUUGCGAUAGCCUGAAGGAAGGGAAAUCAGUUAUGGUGGAAAAACCAACGGCGGAAUCUUAUACAGACAUCAAGACCUGCUACGACACGGCGGAAAAUAACGGAGCCAUUCUUCUGACAUCUUUUCAAAGGAGAUUUGAUUCAGCUUUUGAUGAACUGAAGAAGACGGUGCUCAGCAGGAGUCUGGGGGAGCUACAGUUACUGAGACUCACGUCCCGAGACAACCCUAAACCGUCCUACGAAUUUCUGUCUAAUACCGAUAUCACUGGCUGUAACUUGAUAUCUGACAUGGCGGUUCAUGAUAUCGACAUGAUGGUUUGGUUAACGUCCUGUUCUGAACCAGAGUCAGUGUACGUCAUGACUCAUAUCCGGGACGAGACGCUGCAGAAGAUACGGGAACCAGACGCUGGCGUCAUCUCCAUUAAGUUCAAGAAUGGAAUGAUUGCAACCAUAGAUGUAUUCCGGGAAUCGGUGUAUGGCUAUGACAUCAGGGCAGAGUUGUUUGGGACAAAAGGUAUGGCAGUGGCUGACAACCCUAGGAGAUCCUCUUUCUGUGUAGAUUACCUACAAGGGUCAAAUAUGCCCCCAUUGCACUACUCUUUUCCUCAGAGGUUCGAGAAAGCUUUUGCGACUGCUGUUUCCCAUUUCUAUAGUUGUCUCACAGGUGAAGUUGAGCCUCUCAUUAGGAAAGAGGAGUGCUUAUUGGUUUCUGAAAUCAUUGACAAAGCAGUCGAGUCUUAUAAAACAGGACAGAUUGUGAACUUCUGACAUCCAUUGUACAAAGUCCAGAUCUACAUGUAUGUGUUCUUACGCUGAAAGGAAAGCUUGGAUUCAUGUUUUUACGAUUUUAGCUAUAUAUGUAGAAUUUUAUACCUAAUCAAUAAAGAAUUUCGCAGUAUCUUAUAAAGACCAGCUAGUUACUGAAGUUUCAUUGUGGGAAACUUUAACCACUUCUUGUUAAAAGAUGAGUCUUUCCGUUAGAAAAAAAUUUUGGUCGAAUUACCAUGUAACUGUAAAGGGUAUGAGUUAAGGGUAAGGAUGUGGGUUAGUGGUUAGGGAUGUGGGUUAGGGUUAAGGUUGUGGGUGUGGGUUAGGGGUAAGGAUGUGGGUUGUGGUAAGGAAUUGGGUUAGGGUUAGGGAUGUGGGUGUGGGUUAGGGGUAAGGAUGUGGGUUAGGGUUAGGGAUGUGGGUUAGGGUUAAGGUUGUGGGUGUGGGUUAGGGGUAAGGAUGUGGAUUAAAGUUAGGGAUGUGGGUUAGGAAGGUGGGUUAGGGUUAAGGUUGUGCCCCAUGACUUGCUUUACCUGGGGAAAGCUGUUUUAAAGGUUGAUAAAAAAUUUUACCUCCAUAAUACAUUCCAUUCUUUUUACUUCAAGUUUCUAAAUGAUAUUCUUAGUUAUAUGGAUUCUUGGCAGGGUAUUCCCUGUUAGAGUUUAUAUAUAUUCUCCUCAACCAUUAGGCAAGGGAAAAAAUAUAUUUCAAUAGGGAAUGAGAGUCCAUGUGUACCCUGCCAAGAAUCCAUAUCACGAAUGUGUCCUACUGCAGAGCAAAAAAGUAGUGUUUAAUUUAUGAAGCGGUUUUAUAUAUAUAUAUAUAUAUAUACAUAUACAUAAUUAUAUAUAUAUACAGUAUAAUCUGUCUAAACCGGCUAUGUGUGGUUCCAAAGAAAUUGGACGGUUUUCACAGAGUCCGGAGUGCAGAAUGUUGACAAGAAUGAGAGUUGCUUCCCUUGUAUUCACUAUCUAUGCAUACGUGUGUAAUGAUUGCUAACGUUUUAUUAUAUCACAAAAGAAUUCAAAAUGUAAAAAUAUAAAUGUCAGUGUUUCAUUGUCGUGUUCAUUUGAAAAAGUUUCAAUUUAUAUUAAACAAUUUAAAAUCUGGGAAUUAUUCGCGCAAUUUUCUGUUGGUAAAUUGUCAAUUUCGUCUACAUCAUCGCCGAGUACUCAGAGGCCGGUUUGGACAAAUUAUACUGUGUGUAUAUAUAUAUAUAUAUAUAUGUAUAUGUAUAUAUAUAUAUAUAUAUAGAUAGAUCCAUCAAAGCCAUUUUGUAUCCUAUCUAUUCUCGGCAGGGUACAUUGCCAUAUAUUCCCAGCUUGUCUUUCAAUCAAAUGCUUAGAUUUUUCAUUUUUCUCUACAGUACGACAUUAGAUUGUGAAUUUCUAAAAUGCAGAUUCGUUCAGUGUAGGUGUCCAUGGGUUGUGAGAUGAUUUACCGGUAUAAAUAGCUGUAUAGAGUUGAACUGAAUAAUUGCAGCUACCUCUGAUUAACCUAGGACCCUGUUUGACAAAAGAACUUACGAUUUAAAAGACUAAAAAUAUUAUAUAAUUCUAAAAACUCGUCAACUUGAUGAAUUUUGUGAGAUUAUACUUAUAUAAAAUUACAUGACUAAAUUCUUAUUCACACAUUAAAAUCACAAUUUUAAAAUCAACAUAAAGAAGAAAGUAAAUUGCAGAAGAUUUUGGUCUUAGUCGUAAUUAAGUUCUUUUGUAAAGUGUGGUCCAGGACCCUAAUUGUACAUUCUCAGUAUUUACUUUUGUAGAAAGUGUGGAUGAUGAUUCACAUCAUAAGUCACCAUCUCGCACGCAUACAAACACGUAGAAACCAAUUAUAAGAAAUUAAGAUGCAGAAGAUUUAAAUGGUUGUGAUAUCAGUGAUAUAAAUGUUACAAGCUAUGUAAUUAUUAUCGUCUGAUUUCUGUAUGAUUGUUGUCAUUGUAAUUAAAAUGUAUUUACUAUC